AUGUUUCCUUUUGACGAGGACAAGGAGGGGAGAGUAGGAAACCAGAACAUUGUGGCGAAGCCGCUAACUUUUGCGCCUUACUUCUAUGGUAUAAGCCCGAACCAUACUGAGCCUAGUGGACGGAGCAGCCAUGCCAAGGCUCCGAGCUUCUUGACUUCAAACACGUCCAAAAAUUCAAACUCCCCACUUGUCAUUGGGAACUAUCGCACCGUCAAUUGUUCCCAAAUCUUGGUUCGUGGUUCGUGUUGCUGUCAUGCUCAUCCCAAGUCACUGGUCACUGGUCUCUUGGAGCAUGAAAAUAUACUCGAUAUUGUGGUGGCAUUUUCGCAUUUCCAUGUCUUCCGACAGACCCGGUAUUGCCAGUGCUUCUUCCCUCGUACAUGGGGCGAUCCACAGAUUUUUCGAGAUUCGGAACAGACCGCUGCUAGUUCUACAAUUGACCGCCCGUUAUUGUUUGAUCUCUCAUCAACUCGUUUCCGCAUCCCGCCGUCUCCACAGAUCUGUGACGCCUAUUAA